AUGCCCGAAUUCAAGCCCAAGGUCGAAGGCUCGCCGCCCGCUGAAGGCAAUACCAAUGCUGAGGUCUCUGCACGACGCCUGAAGAAAAGAGAGAUCGAUCGGAAAUGCCAGCGUCAGGCUAGGGAGCGGACUAGGUCAAGGAUCGCCUACCUCGAGAGUCUCGUAGAUAAUCUGCAGCAGCCUGAUGUCGACGAGAGGAGCGCCGCUUUGAUGAAGAGACUGGGAGAGGUCGAGAAGGAGCGGGAUGCACUCUCACACACCCUCAAAGGAGUCCAGAAGGCCGUCCUGGGCCUUGAGAGCCUGGCCGAAAAGCAGAUCAAGAACCAUGUCAAUGAGGAUGACGCCAAUAUACCCAAGCCGGUCGACUUCGCUGCCCAGAGAACUGCCCGCAACAAUAGUAUGACUGAGAUGUCGUCGCCGGAUUCCCCCAUCCUUGCCGACAUGAAUGCUCCUCCUCCUCCUCCCAACAGUCAACAAUCACGAAAUCUAUCUAUAUCGGCCCAGUCAGAGCCUUCCAGGAACGACGUGCCCACCCAAAUCCACAAUGAUGCCUGUGAAUGCUGCAGGAAUGGCGCUCUGUCGGGGCCAGGCACGCCGAAAAGUUCCUGGAGAUUCGCCAACGACACCUUAAUGACCAACUUCAAGAGGCUGAGUCCGAUCCUGCCAGAGGAAGACUUGUUAUCGGAGGACAUCCCAGUGCGAGCUGUUCUCGAGGGCUGGGAUUCCGUCGUCGCGCAGAUGGAGCUGCCUGCGUCGUGGAAAAUCAUGCGUCGCAUAGACGAGCAGAUGUUUUCCAAGGCCGGCGCAAAGGAGAGGCUCGCAUGUCUAAAGAUGCUGCAUCUGAUGCUGCAGUACCAUCGUGAUCCUACAGCUGAGCGCCGCUCCAAGCUUCCUCCCUGGUACCUCGCGCGGCCAUCGCAAGCCAGUAAACCACACGCCUACGCCAUCAACUAUUUCGUCUGGCCUGGCGUGCGCGAACGAUUUAUCUUCGAGCAACACAAAUACUGCGGCAAUCUUUUCGCUACCCUUUUCCAGACCUCCCUCCAGAUUCUGUGGCCGUACGACUUCCGAGAUUGCUUCGCCCAGCGCUGGGACACCGGUCAUUACGAGUUGUCGUCCGCCUUUCGAGACGCCAUCACCGAUAUCUCAAAGUGGACCAUGCGUCCCGAGCUGUUCCAGCAGUUCCCCGACCUUCGAUGCGACAUCCCUGCAUUUUACAACAGUCCAAUACCCAUAUCGAAUGCCUUGCAGAUGCAGCUCACCACUCAUCGCACGCCGUCAGCAAUCCAAUCGAUGCACAGUUCCAAUAAGCAGACACCGGUCAGCAACGAUGGUGUUUCCGUCCCACCCAUGUCUCUGGCUGAGAGUUGGAUGGCUCAGAGUACCAUGGUGGGCUGGGUUGACGGAUCGGCGUACACUCAAGGGUUCAUGGAUCACAAUCCACUGCAAGCAAAUUGGUCAGCUGGAUGA